AUGCCUUUUGUUAUUAUAAUGAGGGUCCAACCCAGCUGUAGCCGUCGUCCAGACCGAGCCGCCGGAGGGGAAGAAGAGGAAGCGGAAGGCCACCAGCGCGCUGGUGGUGUCCGAGAAGAAGAGCAGGAAGCUGACCUUCACCCCCAGCAAGGACCCCGUCCGGCGCCUCAAGCAGAUGGCCUCGCUCGCCACGGCGCUCACGGCCACCAGCGCCGACUUCAGCAACGACCUCACCUACGUGCCCGACAUGGCGCCCUGGUCCGCCAACCAAUCCGCCCUCGUGGCAGGAGGGAUGCAGGUGCUGCCAAGGGAGGAUGCAGAGACAUCGAGCCUAUGCAAGAGGAUGGUGGAGCAAGGGGCCUCUCCUCGUCGUCUUCAAUCCGGUGGAAGGGAUUGGAGCCCUUGAAGCAUUUGAAUGGAGCAUAUGUAUGCACGUUGCACUUCAUCUUAGGCGAGUGCGACUGA